UCUUCAUUUUGGGUUCUAUUUGCGUUCUCUUCUAUUCCUACUCUCCCUUGAUCUCCACAUACCUGGAGUAUUUAUCCAUUAUGGCUACUGCAGGAAACAUCCCCCCUGGCUGGCUGGGAAACCUCUCGGAGGAUCAGGAAGCCAAACUGCGGCAAUUAUGGGGUAUUCUCUUGCUGCUGAAUGCUGUCUCUUUCGAGACGGAGCAAUCCACCGAGACCAAGAUCGGGGAGGCGGCCGACAGGCUGUCGCUCAAGCGCACCGAGACUACAGUCUCUGCCAGCAGCGUGAGCACCUUCACCCCCCAAGUGUCCCAGGCUCUCAAGAAUAUCGGCAUGAGCGCAUCCGAAAUCAGGUCCAUCAAGGAGAUCCUGCACAACACCACCGUGGACGAUCUGCGACUGUGCCUCCUGAACAACGCGAAGAACGACAACCCAGAUGCGCUGCUCCUGCGUUUUCUCCGUGCCCGCAAGUUCGAUCUUGUCAAGUCGUUCAACAUGAUAUUGCGCUCGAUGCUGUGGCGACUAAAGACCGUCAAGGUGGAGGAGAAGGUAUUGUUGAAUAGCGAGCUGAAGGCUCUCCAGGAGUCUCGCGAUAAGUCUAACCCCCACGAGGCCAAAGAAGCGGAGGCCUUCCUGGCCCAGCUGCGCAUGGGCAAGUGCUACCAACACGGCUGUGAUAAGCAAGGUCGACCGGUUGGUGUGGUGCGUGUGAAGCUGCACAAACCCUCAGCGCAGAGCUCGGAGGUGAUCAACCGAUUCAUCCUGCAUGUCAUCGAGUCUACUCGGCUUUUGCUUGUGCCUCCUGUGGACACAGUGACCAUUGUGUUUGAUAUGACUGGGUUCACCCUGUCCAACAUGGAAUACGCACCGGUUAAAUUCAUCAUCGAAUGCUUCCAGGACAAUUACCCCGAGUCUCUCGGCACUAUGCUCAUCCACAAUGCCCCUUGGGUGUUCUCGGGGAUUUGGAAAGUGAUCAAGGGGUGGAUGGACCCUGUGAUUGUGUCCAAGGUGCAUUUCACUUACAAGGCCAAAGACCUUUGCCAGUUCAUCGACCAUGACAAGCUGCCCAAGGAGCUAGGGGGCGGCGAGGACUGGACCUACCAGUAUACAGAGCCUGUUGACGGCGAGAACGCCCUGAUGGACGACACGGUUACAAGGGAUGCUCUGCAGGCGGAGCGCCUCAAGAUCGGCGAAGAGUUACUGCGAAGCACCUCGCAAUGGAUCAAGGCGGCGAACGAGAGGAACGACGCCGAAGUCAAGGCUGUCAAGGCCAAGCGGGACGAGAUCAUCGAGCAGCUGCGUCUGAACUACUGGAAGGUGGACCCGUAUACGCGCGGACGACAUGAUCUCGACCGCAAGAAUAUCGUCCAAGACGGCGGCAAGGUGGAAUUCUACCCUGGUACAACAUCGCCAGACGUAUCUUCGGGGUCGGAGGUCAAGGUGCCUGGGAUUGCACAUGUCGAGCAGACCAAGAGGAAUGCCAUUCCCAUUUAAGCGAG